AUGUCACUGUUUGUUUUUUUAAAUCUGUUAAUUCUUAUCGGAACACGCGUAAGAACGAUACUGAUAAGCGAAGCCUGUUUGAGCGAUGGCAGUUACUGCUUGCAGGGGAGCGAAUGUUGUUCGAAAAGAUGUGAAUAUUUAACAGAAAAUUACUUUCCUACUUGUAUUUUGGAACAAAAGGAAGAAUACACCAGCAAUAUAAUUGAAACUACGACUUCAUUUAGCGUUGAAGAGCCAUCAUUUUGUAUAAAAUAUGGUCAGUGUGAGAAAGAUAAAGAUUGUUGUUCCAAAGAAUGCGUCAUAUCACAAAAUGGCACUGAGUUUAAUCAAUGCAAGGAAAUCCAUCGAAGGAGGAAACAUCAAUACUCUUGA